AUGAAGUCUCACGCAGCUUGGGAGCGCAGUAUGGACUUCAUCGAGAACGAUUUGCUGCCGGAAAUGGUGCAAGAUCGUUGCUUCUGCGAUGAAAAUUCGCGGGAGUUCGUGGAGAUCGAAACAGCCACGGUUCGACUGGACGAACUUAGCCGAAGUAGCGAGAUCUAUCGUACCACGGUUGUAGUUCGAUUCUCCGGUGAGCCGUGCACGUUCUAUCUUCUGGUGAAGCUACUUCCCGAAGGUGAAGCAGAACACGCAGCUACCACGGCUUACGACGCUUUCCAGAACGAGGAAAUGUUCUACACGAAGAUGACGGCUAAGUACGGCACGGAUCUGGUCCCCAAGUGCUACCUGUCCGAUCUAGGUCGCUACGGGAGACCGGUGAUCGUGCUGGAGGACUUGGAAGCGGAUGGAUACACACAGGUGGACGGUGAACUGGACGAGGAUCACUUGAAAUUGUGCGUGCAAGUUCUAGCCAAGUUCCAUGCCAGAGGGUUGAAAUUGAGGGCGAUCGAGCCGAGCGUCUUCAGGGAAUUCGAGGCGAAACUGCUGGAGAUCGGUCUGACCGAGGAGGCGAUCAUGCGAUACGAGAAGAGGUCGACCAGGAUGAUGGACAUCGUCGAAUCGUCGACUAAUACGAGCUUCGUGGAAAAAGUGCGGAACAGGUUGAACAAGAGCACGCUGGAAAUAGUGAAGAACGUCGCGACAGAGGUGAACGACGUUUCCACGAUAUGCCACGGUCAUUUUUCACACGAUAAUCUGCUGUUCAAAUACCAGAACGGGAAGCCGAUCGAAGCGAAGGUGAUCGACUGGCAAACAAUGAGAUACUGUUCGCCGGCCGUCGAUCUCGGGCCAGUUCUCCUCUACAACGUCACGCACGAAAACGGACCGUCGAAGGUGCAGGAAAUUUUGACGUUGUACGUCGACGCUGUCAGAUCGGAAUAUCCAGACGUGGACUGUGAAAGAUUGAAGGAAGACAUCGUCGACAAGUUCCUUUUUUCUUGCCUCGUUCUCUCGCUUCUGGAACACAUCACCGACGACGAGCUUACACGAGUUGUGCUAUUGUUGGAACAAUUGGACGAAAUCGAUUGAAUCGAACGAUGUGUUGAUUCGUUUUCAUUCGAUCAUAUUGUGUCACUCUCUUCCUUUUUUAUCAUUCGAUGGACUGUUUUAUCGAAGUGCGUAUUUUUGUGGAAAAUUUCUGGCCAAUUUCAGUCACCUCCCGCAAUAAUUCGAUGGAAUUAUUAGACCGAGGGUUUUCGUCGAUGUAAUUGAAAAAUUGAAGUUAGAUAAGUAAAUGUUUUACUAUGUUUGGGGUUUGUUUAUAUGUUUUUGUGGAAAUUUUCUGGCGAAUUUUAGUCAUC